AUGGAACCUCCAGAGAAUAAUAAAAAUACAACUCCAAACUGUAAUCCUAACGGAGUUACCAUUCUUAAAUGGUUUCACAAAAAGGAAGAUCAGAUUGGAGAAUGUGUAAAGGAAGAAUCGCAAUAUAAGGAAAAUCCAUUAUUGGUACAGGAGAAUGAAGCAAAACAAACCCAGAAUUUAGAGGAAAAUAGAGAAAAUUUGGGAAAUGAAGGUUCCCAAAGUAAGGAAAACAUGGGAGAGGAAGAAGGAGAGAAUAGAAGGUCGAAAAGAACAGCAGCAAUAAAUCAAAGAUUGUUGAUGAAAAAAAUAGCAUCACAUGAACCAAAUAUUGAAGAUAUGAGCCAAGAUGAACUUAAAUAUUCAGAUAAAGGAGUAUUGAAAAAGAAAAGAAUGAAGAGAGAAAAUCAACAGUUAUACACUAGUUCUAGCGAUCACGAAGAAUUUAUCAGAUCAGUUUCAGCAACAUAUGCCGCAAACCAACAGUUUUUUGGACUGCAAUGGCAACCACAACCUUACUUUAAUCCUCAACUUGGGUUUGUACAACAAAGGUCAUUAUCGGAAACCUCAGCCGCCAGUUAUAUUAAAUAUAAUAAUAGUUAUAGCCUAGAAAACUAUGUUAACAAACCGACGCAAGAACAAUUAGAGCACGAAGAAAUGAUAAUGAAUCAAUUGAAUGAGCUGAAGGGAGCUGAGGUGUUUAAUUUUAACGAGUAUGAAUAUUUGGCCUCAAAACAGAAGAAAAAGAAAAAAAUAAUGAUAAACAAGGAACAUAUAUUUAUAAAAGGGUUAAAUUAUAUUGAAAAUUACUUUAUUCAAAACAGAGAAUCGCUCCUACGAAAAGAUAUUUCUGAGUUGAGGAAGCUGGGAUUGGAUAAUGUGCAAGUUGAUCCAGUGUUCUUAAUUGAGUUGGGAGGGAAUUAUGAGCAAUUUAAAGAUGAAAUUAAGGAUAUAAACAAGCUAAUAAACUCGCUUCAGUCCAAAUUAAACGAGUUGUAUUCUGAAAUGGGUAAAUCAAUACCAAACAAAAUCAACGAGCCUUCAGUUUUUAGCUGCUCGUCAUUAUCGCCGACCUCAAGUAGGGACAAAGAUAAGCACAUUUUGAAGUUUGAAGAAAUAUUGGAGGAGAUGAAAGAUUUUCAGGAUCUAGUAAAUGAUGAACACAAGGAGAAAAGGAAAAUAUAUAAGAAUCUAGUAACCAACACAAGCAAAUAUAUAAUAAAGAUGGAGCAAGAUCUUGAGAAGAAUAAAACAGAAAGAAACAAGCAAGUCUUGUUAAUUUAUCGCAAUCUCAGUAACUCAAUUGAUUUAUUCUGGAAAAAAAUCGAAAAGUUUGCAUGGGAACAUUUGAAGAAGGAUUUACAGCAAGAACUUAUAAAGAAGAAAAAGCAAAACCUUGAUAAGUUCAUCCAGGAUGCAAUCAAGGUAUCAAUUAAUGACCAAGAUAGAUAUAUACUUGACAAGAAGAUUAAAACCGUUACUACGCAACCCCAGACCACUCAAAAUAUUAAUCAUUCGGAACCCCAAAAUCACAUACCAAAACCAAAAAAUAAAAAUCAGCAAGAUAAGGUUGGAUCCCCUAAGCCUAAUGUAUCUAAUGAUGAGGAUCAGGUAGAGGAUGAGUAUGUAUUGAAUAAGGAUGAGGAGCGUAUGGAGUUAGAUGAUUUGAAAUUGGAAGAUGAAAUGGAUUCUGACAAGGAAGAGAAUGAAUUAAAUGAUUUACAAAAAGAAGCUGAAAUGCCAUUAGAAGAAUUAUUAAAAAUGUAUCAAAAUCAGACUGAUGAACAAUCGGAAGAACCAGAUUAUGAUGAAAUUGAACAAGUGACUGAUUCAGACGAAGCUCAAGCGAGUGACCGAGACGAAGCUGAAAAGGUGAGUGACUCAGAAGCUGACAGAGUAUCUGAACUUUCUAUGUCUGAUGACCCACAAUCUCCUAAUUCUGAUAGAUAUGAAUCUUCCAAGCCUAAUGUAUCUAAUGAUGAGGAUCAGGUAGAGGAUGAGUAUGUAUUGAAUAAGGAUGAGGAGCGUAUGGAGUUAGAUGAUUUGAAAUUGGAAGAUGAAAUGGAUUCUGACAAGGAAGAGAAUGAAUUGAAUGAUUUACAAAAAGAAGCUGAAAUGCCAUUAGAAGAAUUAUUAAAAAUGUAUCAAAAUCAGAGUGAUGAAGCUGAUGUGCCAGUACCUAAAAAGAAAUAUAAAUAUAAAAAAGAUGAUAGUAAUAAAGUAGAGAUUAAAACCAAUAAAACUCAAAAGGAUGAAGAAUCGUCCAAAAGUAAGAUGGAAAAGGUUUUAACUGAAGAACAAAAUAACAGGGUUCAAGUUAACCAAGAGGAAGAUGAUGUAGAUAUAGAAGUACCAUUUCUAAUCAAGGGAGUUUUGAGACCGUACCAAAAAGAAGGCCUGAGGUGGUUAGUAUCGCUUUAUGAAAGGAACAUCAACGGAAUACUGGCAGAUGAAAUGGGACUGGGAAAGACACUCCAGACGAUCUGCUUGUUGGCAUACUUGGCAUGUAAUAAGGGGAAUUGGGGACCUCAUAUAAUAAUUGUUCCAACUAGCAUACUGUUGAACUGGGUAAUGGAGUUUAACAAAUUUUGCCCAGGUUUCAAAGUCCUGGCGUAUUACGGAACACCAGCAGAAAGAGCGAAAAAGAGGACGGGUUGGAACAAACCGUACUCAUUCAACGUCUUAAUUUCAUCAUACACCAUUGUGGUCCAGGAUUCGUAUAUACUAAAGAGAAGAGCAUGGGAAUACAUGAUACUCGACGAAGCACAAAACAUCAAAAACUUCACCUCAAAGCGUUGGCAAACAUUGUUGACAUUUAAUACAAAAUUUAGACUGUUAUUAACAGGAACACCACUUCAGAACUCACUGCAGGAAUUGUGGUCACUUAUGCAUUUCAUACUCCCGAACAUAUUCACGUCGCACACACAAUUUAAUAUUUGGUUCACAGACCCGUUGAAUCAAGCACUCGAUAACAUGUACAGCAAUAACCCGCUCUUCACAGAUAAUGAACUUGAAAAGAAGAACAAGGAAAGAGAAGAAAUGAAUAAAAAUAACAUGGAACUAGUUGAAAAACUCCAUGCAAUAUUCAGACCAUACUUGUUGAGAAGAUUGAAAAAAGAUGUGGAGAAGCAAAUGCCCUCAAAAUAUGAACAUGUGCUCAAGUGCACAUUAACGAAAAGACAACAAGUGCUUUAUGAUGAGUAUAUUCACCUAUACAAUUUUUCUUCAAAUAAGGAAGCAAGUAAAGAAGAGAGACUGAGCUAUAGAAGUAUGCUUAAUAUUCUGAUACAGCUGAGGAAAAUUUGCAAUCAUCCAGAUCAACUCAAAUCACGAGAUGCCCAAAUACCAAUUGAAUUCAAUAUAAACACGCUCCAACUGCCAUACCUCUUUCAAAUCAGUGAUAAACUGAAACACAAUUUCGAUAAUCGCAACCUUACAAAUAAGAUUAAUAAUAGUGGAAAGUCAUUUUUAGAAGUGUGUUCUAAAAGAAAAAGAACUGAAAGGCUGAUAGUUGAUAAGAGAAUUAAGAAGAGAAGGGUAGAUCUAAACUCUCAACUUAGUUUCCUUUCUUUGAAUAAUCUGGUUUCAAGUACAUUCGACGAUAAUAAGGAGGUUUUGAAUCAGAAUUUUGUAACUGAUGUAGAUUUAGAGAAACCCAAUAACUAUAAUCACUAUAACGGAUAUGGCAUAAAUAGUGAAAAGUUGAAGUCUGAGCCACAGAAUAAUAGUGAAGUCACUAAGAGAAAUAUGAUAAACAAGUUGUCAAGAGAACAAUUAUUGCAGGGUCAAAAGAUAAAUUUGGGUCCAAUGAACGAUAAUUUUAAAGCUAGAAAACUAACAGUGAACCAAAACCCAAGUGACGAACUCAGUAAUAAGAUGUUGAGCCAAAAACUGCUAAACAGACAAGAUAACAUACUCAACCUCAACUUGAAGAAUAACUUGGAAAUAAAUAAAAUAAUUGAGUCAUACCUGAUAUUGAUUUUGAAUUUCUUGUUAAUAUCAGUCAAAGUAGUUAGUAAGCCAGUAAAGUUAUACUUUUCUGGAACCCAGGGAAUUAACUACAAUAAUAAAAACGACUGGUACAUGAACGAAGUCAAAACAAAACUCCUGAAAAGAGAUGACAAGAAGUAUUAUAAAGAGAAUAAAGUGACCGUUGAAGCAGUUAACUCAAAUUAUAAGCUCCUUUUUCCCUCAAGACGCUCAAUCAAUGACGACUGCGGGAAAUUUAAGGUUUUGGGGCCCUUGCUACUGAAACUAAAGUCUGAGGAUCAUAGGUGUAUCAUUUAUACCCAGUUCUCGAAAAUGUUAGAUAUUCUAGAAAACUGGAUUAACUUCAUGGGCUUCACAUACAUUAGACUUGACGGCUCAACAAAGAUCGACAUGAGACAGAAGAUAAUAAACAGGUUCAACGAAAACACUAAGAUUUUCCUUUUCAUAAGUUCUACGAGAACUGGCGGAGUUGGGAUAACACUGACGGGAGCCGACACUGUUAUCUUCUACGACACUGAUUGGAAUCCAGCAAUCGACCGUCAAGCGAUGGACAGAUGUCAUAGAAUUGGACAAACUAAAGACGUGAACGUGUAUAGACUAAUCACUGAACACACGGUUGAGGAGAAUAUAUGGAGGAAACAGUUACAAAAAAGAAAGUUGGACGACUUGAUAGUUGAUCAGGGACAAUUUGACGUCCAGCACAAUAACUGGUUCUCAAACUUGGACACUUUGAUAAACAUAUUUCAGAAUAAGAGAGAUGAGCAAGAUGAAGAGGAUAUUUACGGGAAGAAGAUACUCCAUGAAAGCAACGUAGAUGAGACGCAAUUUCAAACAAAAGGAGUGCAGAACAUUAAGAUGCUCAUUGAAGUUGAGGAUGCAGACGACUCAAUGGCCUUGAAGAAACUUAAGAAGGAAAACGAGAAUAUAAAUAAACAGGAUUUCGAAACUGAUCUUAUCAACAGCAUCCCCGGACUGGUCACUUAUUGCAUACAAUUCCUGCUCAAAUACCAGACAGUGACGUUGGAAAGACAAGUUGAGAAUAUGAAGCUGAAAAUACAAAUCGAAGACUAUCAGAACCAGCAAAACAACGAACAGGAGGAGGACGAAGACGAUAUAUACACCGACUACACAAGUUCUGAAAACGAAGAACUAUCACAAGAGGAUGAACUGUCAGAAGAUUCACAGUAA